AGACAAGCUGGGCUUCUUUGCCUUAGAUCGCGCGAGCGCGUGUCCACGCGUACACUUCUACAUCCUCCUCCAUAGCUGCAAUUGCGCACAGUCUCCCACUGGCAAUCCACAAGAUGGUGUUAUCUUUGCUGCACGCGUUCGUCCUGUUGGGUCUCGCCACCCAGGGCCGUAGCGUGACCAUCCGCGCACACGAGACGGUCGAGGGAAAUUCCGGGCCGUCCUCAGUCCUGGAGGCAGCCGCGGACAAGGGGCGACUCACUGAAGCUUGGAAGAGGAAGGUCUCGCACGUGCUUCAGGUCGAAAACAUGACUUACUCUGGGAACGCAACGGCUAUCGUCACGUACGCGGGCAAGAAGGACCUCACGUACAUCGACGGCGCAGUCAUGCUCGGAAUGUCCGUCAGAAAGCACGUGCCUGGUUUCCCGAUGGUCGCCAUCGUCGUCGAAGGAAUGAAGCCGAGCUACCAGCAACUCCUGCGUGACGCUGGUUGGGCUAUAGCCGCCGUGCCGAACUGGGAGGCCGAUUACUGCGGCCCCAAGUGCGACCUGCAAUUCUUAGGCCGGUGGCACGACAGCUUCGAGAAGCGCGGUGUCGGAAACGCGUUCCGGCUGCCUUUCCAGCGCGUCCUUUUCCUGGAUGCAGACACGUACGUGUUUCAGCCCAAGCUUCGGUCCGUCAUUGAAAUGUAUCUCCCCGAUGGCCACAUUGCCAUGGCGAUGGACGGUUGCAAAGACGUUGCCCAUGGACACGGCUCGGACGAGUAUAACAGCGGGGUGAUGGUCUAUUCGCCAAGCCUCGAAUUGUUCAUGCAGAUGCUUGACAUGGUCUCACACCGUGAGCGGAAUGACAUCCUCGAUCAGAACAUCAUCAAUGAGGCUUACCGCGGCAAAGUGGUCGAACUGCACCGCAAUUUCAACUGCGUGGACAUCAUUGGCGUCCAGCCGGGGCAGCGGACGGAGUGCCAGUUCCGCUGCGGCGACGACGCGGUGGUUUCCCAUUUCACUGGCCACCCGAAGCCCACUGCUGGGAAGAGGAUGCUGCUUGAGCUCAUCCGCCGGCCGACCUCGCCCAGAAUCGCGUGCACGAACACGAACUUCGGGUCGUGCGCGAAGUGGUCUCAGUUCUACUGCGACAUGCGCCAGCACUCCGAGAGGCUCUCGAGCAGCCUCCAGGCCGACCUCGAGCACGCGGGGCCUUGCUGCCACACGCCGUUCGACCCGAGCAAGGACAGGCUGAGCUGCAAGGACUGCCCCGCGGAGCUCUCGUUCGUGGGGGCCGCGAGCUGCAGGGGCUGCCCGGGCCGAGCAGACGUGAACGGGGCCUUCGUGAAGACGACCAUCAAGGGCAGCAAGCUCCACGGCGGGAAGCCCAUCUACAUGAGGAUCCCGAGGUCCCAGGGGAGAAGCCCAUAUCGGGGGCCUGCGGCUUCCUGUACUACUUCCAGCAGAACACGAUGUGGCUGCUCGGGGACAACUACAGCACCAACAUGAACCCGGAGGUGAUCGCCUAUGCGGGCAAGGAGGCGCAGUGCCCCAGGGACGCGGGCGCCUGGCAUUUCCUGAGCCGCACGGGCCAGCGGGAGAUGCGCCCCGACGUCCACUGCCGCGAGACGCGAAACGCCCCCCGCGACCCAGCGCACGUCGCCUUCAACAUCACGAGCGGCGGCUGGCAGUUCCAGGAGUCGCCGACGCACCCCCUGGGCUCCCUCGGCAUCGGCAAGUGAUGCCCCUGCGGCGCUCGCCAGAGCAGCCGGCACUCGCACGCGCCCGCCCCCCGCGGGGGGCGCGCAGCUCACCGGGAAUGCCGGGACGGUCGGUCCCUGCCCAACGCCAAUUCGCGCCCAACCCCUUUCCUCCCCUCCUGCCCAGGAUCCACUUAGAUCCAGAGGAGGGCACGUCACCUCGAUUCCCUUCCGCUGCCUCCGCGCAGCCUCUCGAUCUCGGCUCGGGGCACCGGGGUGGCGACCGCCCCCCGGCCCCGUCUCUCGCGCACAGUGCGAGCCGCAUGGUGCGCCUGCUUUUGCUCAGUGCACCUGCCUCAGCUCGGCACAGGCGGUGCGCGCAAGCGUAGUGUGCAGGCCAACAGAGCCCCUGCAUCCCGACGACCCCGGGGCGGGCCGUUUCCCGUUCCCAACGUCGCCCGCAACCAACAUCGCCGUUGGCGUGGCCUUGGCCUUUGCCGUGCCAGCGGGCGGCCACAUCUUCCGGACUGGCCUCGGCGACGACGACGACCCCCGUCUUUGCACAGCACCGCUCCAGUCAGGGUUUUCCUUUUAAAGUGAAGUGCGUUUUGCCAAACAGCUUCGCUGGAAGACAGCGGCCGAACUGCGGUAUUGCACUCUCGUUGAACCAGGGGCGCGCGCUCAUUGUCCGUGGCAGCACUAGGCGCAUGACAUGUAGACCGAACGUGCACAGAAAAAAAGCAGUUUGAGCGCCAGCCUAAAUUUGAUGUGCAUUGAGCGCGAGAUGGCAAUGUACGGAUGCGAUGGUAAUAUGCAGAUUGUGCAAUGGUAGAGCGAGGGGCGCCGCAUGUCCCCGUCCUCCCGAUCCACCACGGAGCGGCCGCGCCCGGCGCCAGCAGCCUCCUCCUCCCCAGCGCGGCCCCGCUCUGGCGCGCUGGUGGGGUGGGGUUUUUGCUUUUCCUCCUCCUCCUCCUCCUCUUCGCCCUCCUCCUCCUCCUCCUCCUCCUC